AGAGGUACUUUUGACCCUUUUCUCUUUUUGUUAUUGUCACUCCUAAUGAAAAAGAAGGAGAAUCGUUUCAAAUUCAUCCCUGCUUGCGAUCUGAAAGUGCCCCCAACACAAUCACCGUUACAAAUUCUGCUGUUGGCUGUCAUUUAGCGUACGGUGUAAGAAUCCGUGCUAUCAACAACUAUUGAAGGGACUGUCUCAGUUGCUACGGUUGAUGAAAUUAUAGUGGGCCAACUGAUAAAAAAGGAUUUGGUGACUUGGUCGAAGCAAAAUCAAUUAAGACAGGAAACUUCAGAUAUGUCCGCGCUCUUUAAUUUCCAUUCCUUUUUGACGGUCGUGCUAUUAUGGAUUUGUACAUGCACUUAUGUAAAGAUGCAUUUUCCAGCACUUCUUGAACAAAGAACUGGGUUUCGAGGCUUCUUUUGGAAGGCUGCUAGAAUAGGUGAGCGAUUGAGUCCUUGGGUGGCUGUGGGCUGUCUGACAAUGGGUGUUUCAAUAAUCUUCUUUUAAGCGAACGGUUACUUGAAACAAAAAUUGACCUUGAGCUGGAAGCUAAUUUACUGCUUCAAAUUGUUUUUGCAUCAAAAUGCCGUCUUUGAUCAAACUUGAGCACUGAAUCGUUGUGACACUACUUUGAUCUGGAACUAAGCUUUUGCUUGUGAGAUGGUCUUGUUAUAAGGAGGGUCAAUGUUAUGGAUUCUGGCUUUUGUGACACGCUCGACUUGAUACCUUUGUCUGCUAAUGAAUCCAAAAAAUUCGUUGCUGCAUUGUGUCUGCUGAUGAUUAUGCAAUGUAUGCCAUAAUCUACAUUAUCUACUAGUUAUAAGAAAAUCGACAUUGUAUUGUCAGUUGCUUCAGGUGGUCCCAAAAUUUGCUUGUGAUCCCAAAACCCUGCCACAAAGAAAAAUGAUUUAAUUUUAAGUUGUCGCUUGUCCGUGUAUUUUAACUAUUUGUACAAGCAACUAAGUUACUAGAACUUGUUUGUGAUCCCAUUGUCAUUGCAUUAAUUGCUUUCCUCUACUGACCAACUGUAUGCAAACUGCCAUUAUGCACAUGAUGUGUUCAUUGUUGUUCUUUUUAA